AUGGUGCGAAUUUUUAUUUUUGUCCUCUUUGCCUGCCUUUCAAAGUCCGUGCAUUCCCAAGGAUGUAGCCGCACCCCAAACACCAUAGCAUACGGAGGCAGUCCGCAGCCAGGUAUCAACACUAUAGACUCCUGUGAAGCCAGCUGCCUGGCCUCAACUGCCACUUGCAAAGGAAUUGUGUUUGACCCUUUGGCUCUUCCUCCCUGCUACUUUUUAGUGAAUAGUAAUCCUACUACUCAGUCUGGAAAAACCGGAAUUACUUGGCACAAAAGCAAAUCCUAUGCAACCAUAACUAAAAUAUGA